AUGCAAUAACAAAAUUUUUCAUUACUUGAUUUAGUAUUUCAAGAACAAUAAAUCUAGAAAGAAAUCCCUAAUAAAUGCAGCAUUUAAGAAACAUCCAAAUUUAUUACAUACAAUCCUUUAGGUUUUUGUCUUUUUCUUGAGGCUAACUGCAAUAAAGAAAACAUUGAUAAAUUGUUAUUUAGUUAAAUAUUGAAAAUGAUAGAAGAUAAAUUAUUAGAGUUCGAAGAACGUUUAGAUAAUCGAGAUUAAAUUAAAAAUAUCAAUUAACAAUUGAAUUUACUUAAGCCUCCUGACCCUUAUUUUAAAUCUAAGCCAAUAGAUGAUACUUAAUCUGAAUAAGUGUAAUAAAGUAAGUAAAAUUUAUUUUCAAAGGAAAAUUUAGUUAAUAGUCUGAUAUUGAAAUAACAUCCCCUUAAACGAAUUAAGCAUAAGAUUAAAAGUCUAUCAAAUCUUAAAAAUCCUAAAGAUCAAGAUCCUAAAUGGGUAGAACACAUACAGAAAUUACUUAAUUAGAUCCAAAACUUAAAGCAAAUGAGGAGGGACUCAUUGCAAAAAUAUAAUUAUUUGAUAAAAAACUAAAAUAGGUUAUUGAAUAAGUUAACAAACUUUCUCAAAAAGAUGACCAAUUUUAAAGAAGAAUUGAAAUGCAAGUUUAAUCAUAAUUAAAGGAUAGUUAAGAUAGAUUGAUACAAAAUGAUAAAGUUUUUAAAUAAUAUUAGUAAACCAAUUAAGAAAUUAUAGAAAAUUAAAGAGGAUAUCUUAACCGAAUAUCUUAAUUAAGAUAAGAGAUGGAGUAUUUUUAAUUGAUUAUAAAUUAAUAGUUAUCUAUAACAAGAAUUAAGUCGAAUCUAAGAAGAUAAUAAACUUCCCUUAUUAUAAGUUUAAGAGAGUAUUUAAGAAUUGCAAAAACAAGUAAAUUAGUAAUAAAAUGAACUAAUUGUAUUUAAAACAAUUUUAGAGUCUAUUGAUAAUGAUUUUUUGGCACUGCUUAAAAAAUUUAAAGAUAUUUAAAAUGAUUUAGCUAAAAAGAAAUUAAACUCAAGUAUGGCUAUUCAUUAAUAUUUAAAAUGA